GCCUGAAUCAAAAAGCAUGCCCUAAGGCAUCAAUGUCCACCGCAGAGUCCACCGCCCGCUUCUGCCGCCUCCGCGAAAAGAACGAAGAAAAAUAUUCGACAUCUUUGCAGAUCUGGAAGAACUGCUUGUUCACAACCCGACGUCUAUUUGCGGUGGGACAUUGCACCUGCAAGGACCCUUCAAUUGAUUUUGCUUCUCUUUGUCAUUCUUUAAAGUUAUUAUUCAUCUUAUCAUAUUCAUAUUGCGACAAUAUCCUGUACGAGAAAGUGAAUUUUUCACGAUGCCCAAAUCCGGCGUCAAGCAAAAGACCGGCCAAAAGGUCAAGGUCAAGACACGCUCUCCAUUCGAGAAUACCAACAUUCCCAAGCAUGCCCAGAGCGACGACGAUAUGGACGACGAGACGAGCUCGGAUGAGGACGAUGUUCCCGAAAAGGACGAGGCGGAAAAGAAAUUGGAACGGUUGCUCUUCGGCGAUGAUGCAGGUUUUCAUGGCGCAUUGAAGAGCCAGGGUCACGAUUCGAUGGCUCUUACUGUGCAGACUGAUGACAGCGCUAGUGGAGAAGAAGAGGGUGAAGGCGAUGACAAAGGGUUGGAGGAUAUGGCUGAUGCUGAUCUUUUCUUCCUUGACUCCGGGGCUGCGCCUGAGUCGACCGAUCUCGCCGAUGCCCCCGCGACACUAUCAGAUGGCGAAGAGGAAAGUGAGGAUGCACCUGCAGUCUGGCAGGAUAGCGACGACGAGCGCCUCAACAUCUCCCUGGCCAGCCAGCAGCGAUUGAGAAAGUUGCGGGUCACAGAAUCCGAGGACGUGAUCAACGGCAAGGAGUAUGUUCGACGGCUGCGCCGGCAGUUUCAGCGCUUGCACCCCGCACCUGAGUGGGCAGACCCGGAGCUCAGCAAGAUGAACGCAAAUGGUGAUGAUUCCGACUCGGAAGGUGGAGAGGGCAUGGACACAGAUGAUGAAGAGCAAUCUACGCAGCCAUUGGCUAAGCUACUUCGAAACGCCACUGAUCUGACCAAGCUUGACGACAACACAAUGCCAGGCGGUAGAAGAAAGCUGCGCCAGGAGGUUGUGGACAUUACAAGACUAAAGGAUGUCGGCAAAACUCAGCCGUCUUCUAUCGACUCGCUUUCCUACCACCCCCACUACCCACUUCUUCUGUCCUCGGGACCUGCGUCUACGCUUUUCUUACACCAUGUGUCACCUGGAGCACCGGCUCCCAACCCACUUCUUACAUCCUUCCAUAUCCGUCGCACUCCCAUCCAUACGUCAGCAUUUGCCGCGCCGUCGGGAAAUAAGAUCUUUGCUUCUGGCCGCCGACGGUACUUCCACAUCUGGGACCUGGACACUGGCAAGGUUGACAAGGUCAACGGCACUUCGGACCGGAAAGAUGAGCAGAAGUCUAUGGAGCGCUUCAAGCUCUCGCCGUGUGGACGCUAUAUGGGACUUGUUGGUUCAUCUCGCAAGGGUGGUGGUCUCAUCAACGUUCUGGAUUCAGGCACAGCACAGUGGAUUGCACAGGUCCGCGUGGACGGCCGAGGCGGCGUGGCAGACUUUGCCUGGUGGGGUGACGGAGAGGGAAUGACAGUCGCCAGUAAGAACGGAGAAAUCUCAGAAUGGGAUGGUCGGUUGAACCAGGUUGUGGCUCGCUGGGCGGACGCCGGUGCGGUUGGUACAACUGUGUUGAGCCUUGGUGGACGCUCGGGGCGAACACAACUCGGUGGAGAUCGCUGGGUGGCUAUUGGAAGUUCCAGCGGUGUUGUCAACGUCUACGAUCGACGAGAAUGGGCGGCAGCAUAUGCAUCAUCGACGGCAGACAAGAAGGACACGCAGUCUGGAAUUCCACGUAACCCACAACCUGUGCGUGCGCUGGAUCAACUCACGACACCGAUCAGCCAUUUAGUCUUUGCACCAGACGGGCAGUUCUUUGUCAUGGCGAGCCGCUGGAAGCGCGAUGCCUUGAGACUGGUUCAUCUUCCUACUUGCACUGUGUACCGCAACUGGCCGACGUCAAACACACCUUUUGGACGAAUUUCAUCCGUGGCUGUAUCACCAAACUCGGAACAAUUGGCCGUUGGUAACGAGCAGGGUAAGAUCCGGCUAUGGGAGAUUCGGGGCUGAUUUGGGAUGUGAAAAAAAAAAAUUAUAUAUAUAUUGUCGGUUAUAAUAUUAGGAAGAUAUUAGGCAUUUGAGCAUGUAACUAUAGAUCAAGUUGCAUUAAGGUAUUUAGUCAAC